CCGCGAUCACCCUCGAUCAAACACAUCUCGGACCGAAGCUCACUUUGCCUUUUGCUCUGAACGACCACCACGACCACAAACAGCAUCAUGGUCAUGAAGCUCGCCACGACGCUCCUUGCGCUUGCCGCGCCGCUCAUCUCGGGCCACGGUAUCGUGUCCAACCCACCGGCCGAGUUCCGGUCCGACGUCAUGCGCACCAAGUACGUUGCCACGAUCCAGGCCAACUUCCCCGGCAAGUUUGACGACUCGCCGCAGACCAACGUCGCCAACUUCAACAAGGCGUUCAAGGCCCAGUCCCAGUUCAAGACGCUCCGUGACAUGCUCGACCCGCACGGCCCCGACUGCGGCUACACGCUCACCAACGUCGACAAGAAGGCCAUUCCGGGCAACGGCCAGAUGACGUGGAAGAACCCCGACACGGGCGAAGGCUUCAUCCCGAGCCACAAGGGGCCGUGCGAAGUCUGGAUCGACAACGAGCGCGUGUUCCAGAACGACGACUGCGCGACCAACUUUCCCCAGUCGCCCGAAGUCAACCUCCCGGUCGACUACUCGAGCUGCGGCGCCAACGGCUGCAUGCUUCGCUUCUACUGGCUCGCGCUGCACGAGCCCAUGUGGCAAGUCUACAAAAACUGUGUGCCACUGAAGGGCAACGGGCAAGGCCCCGCGCCGGGUCCCGCGCCGCUCCCGAACGGCGGUCAGUGCAGCAACGUCCAGGCCAACGUCGACUACUACGGCAACGACAUCAAGAACCUUGGUGUGUGGGGCAGCAACCAGGACAAGGUCAGUGCGUGCUGCAAGGCAUGCACGUCGACCGGUGGCUGCAAGGGCUUUACCGUCAACGGCGACACGUGCUGGCUCAAGAGCAAGCUCGAGAACCCGUCGCCGCGCGACAACUGCUUCUCCGCUGCCAACGCUGGCUCGGGCCCGGCGCCGCUCCCGAACGGCGGCCAGUGCAGCAAUGUCCAGGCCAACGUCGACUACUACGGCAACGACAUCAAGAACCUCUGGGUCUCGGGCAACGACCAGGACAAGGUCAGCGCUUGCUGCAACGCGUGCUCGUCGACCGGUGGCUGCAACGGCUUUACCGUCAACGGCAACACGUGCUGGCUCAAGAGCAAGCUCGAGAACCCGUCGCCGCGCGACAACUGCUUCUCGGCGACGGGCAACGGCGCGUCGAACGGCGGCGGCUCGUCGGCGCAGUGCGGCAGCGUCGCGUCCAACGUCGACUACUACGGCAACGACAUUCGCAACUUCCAGGUGAACGGGGACGCCAACUCGCAGCUGUCGCAGUGCUGCAACGGGUGCUCGUCGACCGGCGGCUGCGUCGGCUUUUCGAUUAACGGCGGCACGUGCUGGCUCAAGAGCAAGCUCGAGAACUAUCGCACCUCGAACGGCGUCGUCUCGGGCCGCAUCCAAAAGAGCCGCUUGCGCCGCGUCUAAACAUGUAGAUAGUCGAUUUACCUAUAUGUCUUAUCCAAUUUUUUACACUGUUCUUUCUUCUUCC